GUCCUUGCUUUUGUCAACACAUUGAACUCCUCCUUGUUGUAUGUCGUUAUAUUAUUAGUUUAAUAAAUAGGCCUAAAUGUUAUAAGUUCUGAUGACCCAUUAUUUUACACAAAAACGAUUAACGUGGUGUGGAAUUCACACCACACAGGUUCGAUUUUUUUUUUUAAUGUAAUGUAACAUUCUUGAUCUGGGUGAAAGAAGUUCUGUCUACAACUAACUAACUGAGGUCCCCUGUUGGCUUGUUUUUAUCAUAACAUAAGGAUGGGUGAGUGAGUCUCCUGAAUUAUAGCGCUUUUCCGGUCUAGCAUAAUUUCAAUUUCCGAUCUCUUAUUUUCUAUGAGCUGUGUAUGCCAUUUAACUGUCCCCGGAGCUAGGCGGAAAGUAACAUGUCCAGGGGAACAAGAACCAACGCAAUAAAAAUAAAUCUGACAUUUUUAGACAGCGAAAGCCCUGUAACGGAAAGUCGCACUGUAUUUCUCCCCAAAUAACGUUAAUUUGGAGCAACCCAUUCAGGCCUUCCGUGGUGAGAUGAGAACGCUUGGAACGGGGUGAUGAGUACUUCUGCUCCUGAACAACAGGCGGCGUGCUCACGGACGGACCUAUGAAGAGCGUGCUGCUCUUCCAAACACUCCGCUACCGCAAAACAAGACGCCAGGACAUUAGUUCCCACUACUGUCUCCUGAAAACAAAGACUGCUUAUGCUGUCCUAAAGGGGUUUUAACCAAUAGAUUGAACGAGGCAUGGUUUAAGACUGAAAUUGACAUAUUUUGCGAAUGGCCUGAGAUAAAUACAACGUUUAAAGUUAUUUUUUCUUUUACGUCUAGUGUGUUUUUUCACACAACAAUGUCGUCUCCCGUGGAUUUCCACUCGCAGAUUGCAUCCAUCAUAGAGGUCUUGGCUAACGCGGCCGUUUCCAAGAUCUGCAAGGUUGUGGACGACGGAUAUGCUGUCGUUCAUCUCGAGGUAACUCAGAACCAGAAGGACAACGAGUUCCUCCGCAGGAAGGUCCGACUCCUGGAGCUGCAGGUCGCUAAGUACCGGGCGGAGAGAAUGAUUGGACCCGAGGGGACUGUCCGCUUCCCUGGCGCUCGCAUACUGGGCAGACCGCACCGCGAAGCCCUGGCAGGUCCGUUCCCCCAGGGCCGGCUUCGGGGGCUGGGCCGCUGCCAGAAGACUCCCACCUUACCCCGGGACCAGGACCCCCACCAGCAGGUGGUGACCUCCACCAAGAUGGAGGUUGUGGAGGCGGAGCCUCUGAGGAUCGUGAAGGUGGAAGGGGCGGAUCCUAGCGAGUCAGACCACACCUCCAACAGACCAGACGCCGGCUCGGGGCCGACGCCCCUUGCUGGACCCGAGGAGCCGCGCAGCCAAUCGGAGGUCAGUGGAUCAGAUGCCCUCUCCUUGCUUUUCACCAGCGGCUGCUCACAGGAGCCACUAACAGGAAGUGAUGUCAGAGCGGGUAGUCAGCUGUUUCCUGUCGAGCAGAAAGAGGGACGCCAGAGGCAGACGUGGUCCGACACCACAGCGGCGUUCACUCAAACUCUUUCUUCAUGUGACGACCGUACCGUCGCCGCGGUGAUGGUGGUCGACGACGACGAAGCGGAGGACUAUCUCUGGUCGGGCGGGCUUCAAAAAGAGCAUGAGAGGGGGAGAGAGGAGCAGGGAUGGAGAGAGGAGAGGAGGAGAGAGGAAGAGCAGGGAUGGAGAGGGGAGUCCUUCACCGCAGGUCAUGGGUUCAUUGCGCCAGGACUGUCGCUAUCAGAAAGCCUCCCAGCUAGCUCCGCCCACAAACUCCACUACAGACCCCCGUUGACCCCUGACCCCGGGCGUCUCGCCCCCCACGGCUGCGGCAUCUGCCGCAAGCGCUUCGGCCAGGAGGCGGAGCUACAGAAGCAUGCGGCGUGCCACCGGCGCCGGCGGGCCCACGAGUGCUCGCUGUGCGGGAAGAGCUUUGUUAGCCGAAGCAAGUUGGACGUGCACGGCUACGUGCACACGGGGGAGCGGCCCUUCAGCUGCACCGUCUGCCCCCGGCGCUUCUCCCAUCCCAGCAACCUAAGGAGACACCAGAAGCUCAUGCACAACCACUGACCCCAACUGGGGUCAGUGAUACAGGCAUUACAUCUCCACCCCCCACUGACCUCUGGAGGUGAGUGCACACUAGUGGUCCUCGGGCCUCCCUGUGGGCGUCAGAGACUCAGACAACAUAAGGCUUCAUAGAUCCUUACAGCGCUCGCGCUGCAGCAAUAGGUUUGAUUGUUGAAUGAAGUCUGCUCGUUUGUAUAUCUUUGUACACGAUUUGAAUAAAUCCUAUAAGAUUCUGGUUGUUGGUCUUUUGUGUAAAAAAUAGCGCCUUUCUGAAGAGACAACUACGAUUAAAGUAAGGAAUGAACCACUCAGGGUCUUUCCAUUAUUAGAAAGGAAUGUACGACGGCGGUGGUGAUAUUGAUUGGGAGGCCCCAAUGAAUGUCACAGUACAAUCAUACCCUGCUUAGUGCUUACUGGCCAUCUCGACGACGUUCAUGUCAAUAAUUGAAGUACCAAUUUAUUUAGUAUGAGGUCACACUGAAGAUGAGCCUACGGCCCACUGGUGAAAGACCGUGGAGUUGCAUUAUUAUGUAUGUUACCAACUGGAUGUGAGUGGGCCACAGUUUGUAAAAGUUUAUCGCCAAAGGUCUUGCCAAGGAGAAGCCAACCAAUCUUCUAGUUGGCCACUUUUAGUCAAAACACAAGACAGAGGCAAAAGUUAGCAGCAAUUUAUUGAAGUUUCAUCAAAAACCGUUCAUAUUUUACAAUUACCAAUCAACCAAACAAACAAAGAGAUGAAAGUGUAUUCUAGUGUUAUGAUUCCAAAUGGCUGCCGACCCUUACACCAAUGCCGUCACACCUUAAACAAAUCAAACACAAAAGGAUGAAAUGUUAAACCAUUUGGUUGGUAAAGAGAUGAUGGAUUUCAAACGGCACAAUCUUUCAACUUCAAGGGUGCUGUCUAGAAUGCUGUCUACAUGUCCAUAGAGGCUGUGUUUAUAGAGGCUAUAUAUGCGUUUAUAGAGGCUCUAUAUAUGUGUCUGUUUAUAUAGGCUCUAUAUCCAUACACAUGUUUAUAGAGGCUCUAUGUGUUCAUAGAGGUUCCAUGUUUUGAAGAGCUUCUAUUGCCUCGUUUCCACCGAGCUGUGCGGUUUAUAGAAGCUCAGUUUUUAUAGAGGCUCGAUAUAUUAGUGUUUAUUGAGGCUCUAUAUCUGUGUUCUGGGUUAAAAGAGGCUCUAUGUUAUUGCGGGUCUGUGUUCAUAGAGGCUCUAUAUUGGUUUAUAGAAGCCCAAAUGGGAUUAUAUAGGCUCUAUAUUGGUUUAUAAAUACUCUGUUUAUAAUGAAUCUAUGUUUAAGAACUCUUACCAUAGGAGGACUUGCACUGUUUGAGGACCUCGCUGAACCCUUCACAAAGGCUGAGGUCGCCCUGGGUCGUCGCACAGUCCAGGAACUGCCUCACCUCAUAGUGGCAGGGUCCGGAAGCAGCGGGGGCCGGCCUGGGGGCCUCCUGCAAAUUACUUUGAGUUAGUCGCU